GGCAGCGUCACUUUUUUUAACAUUUCAUUUCCUUCCGCGCUUCUGCCUAUCAAUGGCACUUGAAGCGUCCGGUUCCGCCUAUUUUAAAAGUGCCCAACUGACUACAGAGUAUUUUAGCGACUUAUUUUCGGAUUUUUUGCUUAAACCUCGCACCCUGUCAAAGCAUGCUAAGUGGCAACAUGAUGGCGCUGCCGAGCAACCGAAUACAUCUCACCUCAAGGACGUAGAAGGGUCUGUACAGGGCCUAUCGGCAGACCGACCGCAGCUUUCCGCCUCUUCUGUUUCUGAGCAGUUUGAUUUGCCCGCCACUCCCACAGAAGAAAGCACUCUUCACGAAGAUUCUGGACCGAGUUUGCCAAGUAGCGAAAUUCGGCCCAUCGACGGUCUCUCUUACGUGCCGGACGGUCCCAUCAUAGGCGUCAAUAUUGAGUCGGCGUUAGAAACUCUGCGACAAAAGAUUAGAAGCAAGAUAAAUUUUCAGAAUUUACCUCAUAAAAAGGCGCUCAAGUCUAGAAGAGCUUUAUCAGCUAAAAAGUCAGUUCAAGAAAAAAAAACCUUGUCUCGAAGACAAUUAAAGAAUUUGAAGAAGCGCCAGAAAAAAGAGCGAGAGGCCGAACUACUUCAAUCGUCCAAGCCUAGCGAGCCGGCGCAACACAAAUCAGAGAAGGCGAGUCAUGUUCAAGUGAAGAAAAAGGGCGAAUCAAUUUCACCAAAAACCGAGGCUGCUAAAAACAAGGCCAAAGGCACCAAAAAUAAAAACUUCGACUUGGAUAUCAAUUACGGAAAACUCAUUGCUUCUGAUUCUGAAGAGCAUGCGGUUGAUUGUAUUUAUCCAAGGUCCAAGAGACAGCUAAACGAAAAGCGCCUGGAAGAACUGACCGCCCAUCAGGAAUUCAUGAAAAAAAAUCCUGAACGACAGCACCAAUUCAAGAUGGAAAAGGCGUGGGAUAAUACGGCUAAAAAAUUAUCGGGUAUCAACCCCAAAGAUGAAAUUGAAGUUUUGAAAAAGACCAUCAAAAAUAAAAACCGGGACAAAAGAAGGAGCGCUCGAAAAUGGGAAGAAAGAAUGAAGGCCGUUGAUGCAAAUAUCAAAGCAAGGCAAGAAAAGAGAGCCGCGAAUAUUGAGAACAGAAUUAAAACGCUCAAAGAAAAGAAGCUUCUCGCAAUACUAAAACGAAAGCAGAAGAAGGGCGUCAUGUGAGAGCCAAACAGCAGGUGAAAGAAGCAGCAUUUUUAUAAAGGACGAAAAAAUUUUUGAUAUUCAUAUUAGCUGAUAUGUGCUACAUACAACACUUCACUUCUAUGCCUCCCCUAGAUCUGGAAUCUCGUGGUCGAGAAAUUUUGUGAAUUUAGAGAUUUUAUGUUCCCCUAUACAAACAUCAUUAAAAAUAGUUUCUUGCUUUGCAUUUUCA